AUGAUGACAUCAGCCGCAUUCCCGCUGGCAAACAAGCGCUGUGCCUGCGCCAAAGACAUCGAAAAGACAUGGAGCCUCGUUAGCGACAGGGAUGAGAUAUCCUUUGAUGAGAUCCUCGAGGCUUCCUCACAGGUCACUGACUGCACGCCUCAAUGGCAACAAUGCGAAAAUCAGCCUCGCGUGGCAUCUACGUCCGGCGAGUUACUGCUACAGAUAUACGAGCGACUCGUUGAGUUUCACCACGCUGCAACAGUCACUUAUACGUCGGAUCAUCUCGGUGGCGUCGGCGAGCCCCGGGUCGUUGCAGCGAGAUCGGCCAUCCAGCUGGGCACCUAUACGCUCGACGGCGACGAGAGCCAGCAAAUAGCGCUGGAUCUCAUCACUGCAGGCCUGAGGAAUUUAAUUGAUAUGCUACGGCAAAUUAAAGAGUAUAAUGCGGGCCAUAAUCAGGCGGUGCAAGAUAAAGCGGCAGCAGUCAAUGAGGCUGCGGUGACUUUACUCGGCUACUGCAUUGCGGCACAGUCAAGGUUGUCAGCAUUUUAG